CCCCUCGAAAAACUUGGCGCGCUGUGACCUGAGGUGUGCCGGAGGUGGUCGCAAGUUCCGCCGUAACACAUCAUUGCGUCCUGUUGCUUCAACGUUUACAGUCUACAAAACCGUGUUCUAACAAGAAGAAACAGUUUAUAAGAAGACUAUCUCCUUAGCGAGACAGUGCGGUUGUCAUCGUUCCGUCAAGAUUAAGCGCACGUUGCCAGAGAGCUCGUCGGGCGAACCCGUGGUGAAAGCCCGAAGUCCCGCCAACAUGCCUCCGGUGACCGCGAACGGGGCCGACCUCAAGGCGGCGAUCCAGAAAUACAUCGCCGACAACAAGGUUAUGGUCUUCAGCAAGUCCUACUGCCCCUUCUGUAAAAAGAUUAAGGACUUGUUCAACUCUCUUAGUGUGACAUUCACGGCACUGGAACUGGACCAAAUAGAAAAUGGAGGAGACUUGCAGAACGCACUGCAUGAAGUAAGUGGACAGAAGACAGUUCCCAACGUGUACAUCAACCAGGAGCACAUCGGAGGGUGUGACGACACUCUCAAGCUGCACAGCGACCAGAAACUCUUACCCAUGGUGUCGGAGAACACAGAAACGUACGACUACGAUCUCAUCGUGAUUGGCGGGGGAUCGGGAGGACUGGCUGCGUCCAAGGAGGCGGGCAAGUUUGGGAAGAAAGUCUUAGUCUGUGACUUUGUCAAGCCAUCACCCAUUGGAACAACAUGGGGUCUUGGAGGUACCUGUGUCAAUGUAGGCUGUAUCCCAAAGAAGCUCAUGCACCAAGCUGCACUACUGGGCCAUUCUAUUGAAGACUCCAGGAAGUUUGGAUGGGAAGUGUCAGAAGAAGUGAAACACAACUGGCACACAAUGAAGGAAGCCAUCCAGAAUUACAUAGGCUCCCUGAACUGGGGGUACCGGGUGGCCCUGAGAGAUAAGGGUGUGAAGUAUGAGAAUGCCUACGCUGAGUUUGUGGACCCACACACCAUAAAGACAGUAAACAGGCGAGGAAAAGAGAACACAGUCACAGCUGAAAGGUUCCUGGUGGCAGUAGGAAUGAGGCCAAGGUACCCAGACAUACCUGGUGCCAAGGAGUACGGUAUUACCAGUGACGACCUGUUCUCCCUGCCGUACUGCCCUGGGAAGACCCUGGUGGUCGGUGCGUCGUACGUGGCGCUGGAGUGUGCGGGAUUCCUGCGGGGGAUCGGCCUGGACACCACCGUCAUGGUCCGGUCCAUUCUGCUCAGGGGGUUCGACCAGCAGAUGGCAGACAAGGUCGGAGCAUACAUGGAGAAGGGGGGGAUGAAGUUCAUCAGGGGGUGUGUGCCAACCAAGGUGGAGCGACUGGAAGAGGGGCAGCCUGGGAAGCUGCGAGUGACGGGAAUGCAAGACGGCAAAGAGGUGGUCUGGGAAGGCAACACGAUACUAUUUGGCAUCGGUCGGGACGCUUGCACUGAAGGCAUCCAUCUGGAGAAGGCUGGUGUACAGUUCAACACAAAGAAUGGUAAGAUCUACGGUAACGAUGUGGAACAGACUAACCAGCCCCACAUCUAUGCAAUCGGUGAUGUCCUGGAGGGGAAACUGGAGCUGACACCGGUGGCUAUCCAGGCAGGCAAGCUGCUGGCACAGAGGCUGUACGGGGGAGCACAGACCAAGACGGACUAUGUAAACGUUCCAACAACUGUCUUCACCCCCCUGGAGUACGGGGCCUGUGGCUUGUCGGAGGAAGAUGCCAUUGCAAAGUACGGGGAGGACAACAUCGAAGUGUACCACUCCAACUUCCAGCCCCUGGAGUGGACCGUUCCAGGUCAUGACGUCAACGACUGCUAUGCAAAAAUCCUCUGUAAUCGUCAGGACAAUGAGCGAGUGGUGGGCUUCCAUGUUCUCGGCCCCAACGCAGGGGAGAUCACCCAGGGUUACGGGGCAGCCAUGAAGUGUGGUAUGACCAAGGCUCAACUGGACACCACCAUUGGGAUCCACCCAACUAAUGCUGAGAUCUUCACGACGAUGGACAUCACCAAGGGUUCGGGGGAAGAUCCCACCAAGACUGGCUGCUGAGGUUAAACCCCGCUGUUGCCCGUCCCCUAAAGACCAAGAGCCACCUCUAAAUAAGUAAAGACACAAACUGGAGCCAGUUUACUCCUAAGACUAGCAGAACUAAACUUACCUAGUGAUACAUAUAUCUUUAAAGCUUAAGCUUUCGUUUCAACAAAAGUAAUGCACACUUAACAGAUUAUCAACUGAUCUCUAUAGGUGUACAUUACUUGUGUUGGAACAAAGGAUAAAACUUUUCAAUUGCAGGACUUGUCAAUGAAUGAAAGUACAAUUGAAUGAUACUGUCAUGUCCAUGUUAUGAAGUAUUAGAAUCAAAGACAGUCUAUUUCUUUGAUCUAAACUUGAAAUUUCCUCUGUAAUUUAUCUUCUCUAAAGCUUAAGCAAAAAUCUGGCUCCAGUUACAUACUUGUAAGAGGUGGUAGCGAUGUUGGUCUGCAAGAAAAGGGGACAUAAGCAAUAGCGGGGGUAAAACUCCAAACUCGCCAAAGGUGGUGACACACAGCACAGCACGUUCCUAUCAUAAAACUCAGCAAUCUGUUCAACAAUUUCCUACCAUCAGGACAGUCAAAACUAUUCAAGAACGGAUUUGACCCAAGACUACUUUUAAAUGGUAAUUUGAUAGAGGUCUUUGUGACAAACCUGUAUGACAUCAUAAUGCUAUGGUCCCAUUUGCACUGGUACCCCCGGACAGAAUCUGAAGCCACAAAUUUGUCCCGUUGGAGUACUGUCUUUUCAUGAUUAGCUCAUGGCAUCUAUUUGUUGCCGGGUCCUAGUUUGAUUUUAACUCUGAGUAAAAAAAUGCAGAGGCCCAGCCGUGCCCCAAAAUAGCCUAAAGUCUCAGGGUGUCCCAUGCCUGAAAGUGAAGAAAAACAGUCAGUAAACAGCCUCAAAGGGGCCCCUAUUUCCAAAUGGGACCGUAGCAUCCAUUCUGAUAGUUGCUAACAGAAAGUGCAUGCUGUUUGCAACUUUUGUCAAACUGGUAGUCAAACAUUCUUGAUGGUCAGGACAGUUGUGUCAUAACAGUUGAUGAGUUUUUUGGUGACGUGCAUUUAUGACAGUCUCCUCUUCAAACCCAACUUUGGGCUAGAGGAGACUCGAAACUGCUGUGUUCACCACCUGGCAAAUUUAUAAUGUAAGAUAAAGACGAAAUGAUACCAUGUAUCUUAAACAUUGCACCUGUGUAAAUGACUAGAAGCUCUUCCAGUAAAACACUUUGAAUGAAUUUGAAAUGGUUUGUCUGUUAAAGAUUGGUGAAUACUGUUACAAUAUAGUACACUGUUUGGAAAAGUGGAUCGAAGUCACAAUUCAUUCUUCAAUCAUAUCAUGUUGAAUGUAAACUUUCUGUGAUUUAAGAAUUAAUGGUUUCAGAAGUAAUGCAAACUUUGUGUAGAAAAGUUACAGCCUUUGUGGAAUUCUGGUUUUAGACUAUUAUUAGGGAAUGUGUGAAAUGGACUAUGCCACUUUCCUAUGCAUAAUGACUACAGGUAAUUUGAAAAUGUGUUUUCUUCCUACACUUAUUGUCGGUACUGUUUUCAAGUCUGUCAGUAAUAAGAUUGCCAUUUGCUUGGUUAAAGUUAUAAAAAAAUUAUUGACUAUUGAGUACUUCUCAGUCAAGGUUUGUAGAAAUGACAAAAUUAUAAAGUUGAACAUGUUUAUUGUAGAAUUGCAAUUAUUUUCAAUUCACCAUGAACAUAAACAUACCUAACACUUGUAAACAAUAAUCAUAUAAUAUUUACCUCCACAAUGCAUAGCAAAUAACGUGUCUAAGAACAUUGUAAGAUCAUGAUACAAUAUCAUAUUGAAUAUGCUUUUUGGGCACUAAUAGGACUCUGCCUACGCAGGUUGUCUUACUGAAAUUAAACAAA